ACGAGGUAUUCAUAUUGAUCCAAUAUUAAGCAUCGAGACAGUAACUUCGCCUGGUGAUGAACAUCCAACCCUUUUCAAAGCAAGCGAAACCAUGAAUGGCAAGUGGUAUCAUCCAUAGGAGGCAUCCCGGCAUAGCUCCACCAUUCACAAACAUUUUGGAUUCAGAGACUGGGAUACCCCUCUUAGCCAUUUGUCUGAAGCCAUGACUCGAGGUCUGGUGAUGGCUCGCGCGAGGCUGGCUGCCACAUGUUUGCGAGGAAGUCAAGCCCGAUGUCCCUCGGCUUCAUGGUCAUUAACUGGGUUCUCGAGAAGCUGGACAAGGCAUGAACAUGGUCGCUGUUCGAGAACAAAAUCAUUGAGCCUCAGAUCUGUGAGUCAGAUACGCCGCAGCUCAACGGAAACCACAGAGGCAUCGAUAAAUCCACUACCGAUUCACGAGCUGCCUACGAUGUAUAAACCCCCAACUACAGGCAUCAUAUCCAAGCUGCCACCGUCUUGGAUACCAUACGCCGAGCUCAUUCGCCUUGACAAGCCAGCAGGAACAUACUAUCUAUUCUUCCCAUGCAUGUUUUCAACCCUUCUUGCAGCUCCCAUGGCUGUGCCUGUGGCGACACCACUCGAAGUGCUCACCACCACCGCCCUGUUCUUUUCCGGGGCUUUGGUCAUGAGAGGAGCGGGCUGUACAAUUAAUGACCUUUGGGAUCGGAAUUUAGACCCUUAUGUUGAGCGGACAAGGCUACGACCGAUCGCACGAAGAGCAAUUUCAGUGGAAAAUGCGAUCAUAUAUUUAGGGGCCCAGCUAUUCACGGGACUGGCUGUUCUUCUGCAAUUCCCUCUCCCUUGCCUCUACUACGCCGUACCAAGUCUCCUUCUGGUGGCUACAUAUCCUUUAGCCAAGAGAGUUACUCAUUAUCCUCAGUUCGUCCUUGGUCUGACGUUCUCCUGGGGAGCCAUUGUGGGGUUCCCCGCCCUGGGCAUUGACUUGAUAUCGAACCCUUCAGCUAUUGCAGCAGCUGCUGCACUUUACUCCAGCUGCGUAUCUUGGACCUUGGUGUAUGACAUGAUAUAUGCAUAUAUGGACAUCAAAGAUGAUGCCAAGGCAGGCAUCAAGUCGAUUGCUCAGGCCCAUGAGCACAAUGCAAAGGCAGCUCUUUCUGUCUUCUCUGCCACUCAAGUCGGUCUGCUGGCAGCAGCCGGAUACUUUGCCGGAGCCGGUCCUAUAUUUUUCGUUGGAAGUUGCGGAGGCGCUGCAUUGACUCUGGCCACCAUGAUUCGACGAGUCAACCUCAAGGACGUCAAGGACUGUUGGUGGUGGUUCAAGAAUGGAGCUUGGCUCACAGGUGGUGUUAUUUCCUUUGGUCUGCUGGGCGACUACCUUUACCGCCGGACGAAAGAAGAGCCCAACAUGAUCAAAGGCGCUGUGCUUGCGUAGAUAGACCUCACUGACCAUUUGUGCCUUCCUUCUGUACAACAAGAUCUAGAUGAGUUUCGAUAUGCUGUACAAUAUGUC